CGAAUGCGGACAGUUGCCGCAGUUUACGUGUAAAUUCUGCCCGUACAGGGCGAAACGAAAGUACCACCUCAAGAUGCACGUGAUGCGCUGUAAAUACCGCGUUUGAACGUCAGUCCGCGCGUGCAUGUCUCUCUGGUUGUACGACAUCUACCCGUGCGACCGAUGCUCCAAGUGUUACAAGCACAAGGCGACGUUGUAUAGGCACCAGCUUUACGAGUGCGGCCGCAAAAAGAUAUUCAACUGUCCGUAUUGCGGCGCCCAUUCGACGCAAAGGUACGACAUGAAGAAACACGUCCGGUCUCUUCACCCGGAACGGGUGCUCGAGUUCGAAGCCAUCUAUAAAACGUUAAAAGUCGAAACUGUACUACUGCCCAAACUGCGGCAAGGCGUAUCGGCAUUCGCAAUCGUUACACCGGCACAAAAAGUUCGAAUGCGGCAAACUGCCUCUAUUUAG